GCUCAAUUUCAAGCCAUGAGGCUGGCUGUUGAGGAAAUCAACAAUUCUUCCACUUUGCUCCCCAACGUCACCUUGGGAUACCGCAUAUGGGACACCUGUCAAGAAAGCCUUUACCUGCAAGCCGCCUUCCAGCUCUCCCCACACCAGCAGUGCCGCUUGCACCAAGGAGGCUGUUCCCAGAGAGUCAUCGGUGUGGUGGGUCCCGACUCGCCCGAAAUGACACAGCUGACAGCGAGAGUCUUCACCUUCUACGGCCUUCCGCAGUCUUCUGUCCAGGUCACGUACAGUAUCAAGGAAGAGAUCUUUGCUGACAAGAAGCUCUUUCCGAUGCUUUUCCGAACGAUCCCUAGCAAUGACCACCAGAUCUCGGGGCUCAUCUCCUUGAUCGCGGUCUUUGGCUGGGAGUACGUCUCCGCUGUGGGCAGCGGCACCAAAGCCAGUGAGAAAACAGUCCAGGCUUUGAUUGCCAAGGGAGCAGCCAAGAACAUCUGCAUUUCCUACCAGGGGCUGAUGAUGGCCAACCUCCGCAUCUCAGAGAGCCAGCUGCAGAGGGUGAUUGAGAACAUCGAGAAAGCCAGAACCAACGUCGUCAUCGUCCUCGGCGACCAGGUCAUCGCCGGGAAGUUCUUCCAUGCUGUCACCAAACUGAAGAUCAAAGGCAAAGUCUGGAUCGCGCCCGAGUCCUGGGUCUUAUCCAGCACGGUUGCUUCCAUACCGAGCAUCAAGGAAACAGGCACCGUGCUUGGACUCACCAUCAAGCCAGUCAAACUGCCUCAAUUUGUACACUUUGUUGGGAAAACGCUACAGCGCUCCCCGUCAAACAAGAAAGGUGGCCCUUUGCUCUCUGAGGCCAUGACAGUGGAGGCUUGCUCCCAGUCCUGCGAUGAGAACCUCCAGCUCUCCCCGGACACUUUAGCCAGCAUUUUGAACAGUUCCAUUUGGCACUGGUCUUUCUAUUCGUACGCUUCCGUCUAUGCCCUGGCCAAGGCCCUCCACAACCACCUGGGGUGCAGCCUGGAAGGAUGUCCAGCAAGCAAGGAGUUCGAGCCACGACAGUUUUAUGAAGCAUUGUACAAGGUGAACUUUCCUCUGCAAGGCAACACCAUCACAUUUGGCCAACAGGGAGAUCUGUUCCUGGGCUACAACGUCAUCACCUGGAGCUGGGAAAAUGGCACGGCUGCUUUCAAGACGAUCGGCAGAUACAGUUCCCAAGCCCUGAACAUCAACACAUCUGAAAUCAGCUGGCCAGCACCAGGGGAUCAGGUCCCCCAAUCAUAUUGCAUAGCAGUGUGUGAAGUGGGUCAAAUCCGAAGCAAGCGAUUGCUGGAGGAGUGUUUAUGUCGCUGUGACGACUGCCUGGAAGGGACCUAUCAAAACGAAACAGGUGAGCGCAAACACCGCGUGGCCCAGGGAGUCUCAUUUGUGAAUCUGAAGACCGGUGGAGACACUUGCUUCCUGUGCCCCCCGGGGAUGUGGUCCCCUCCGAAGAGCAGCACCUGCUUCCACCCACGCAUCACGUAUCUCGACACCACCAACACCACCAUCUUGGCCCUGGUCAUCCUGACCGCUGCCGACUUCUUCCUGCUCUUCGGCUGCUUGUUUGUCUUUGCCCUCCACCGGCAAACGCCGGUGGUCAAAGCGGCCGGGGGCAAGCUGGCUUUCGUCAUGCUGGCCUCGCUGCUGGCUUCCUGCGCCACCACCAGCCUGUUUGUCGGGAAGCCCACCGACGUCACCUGCCUGAUCCGGCAGCCCUUGUUCGCCGUCAGCUUCACCGUCUGCGUCUCCUGCCUCCUGGUCCGCUCCUUCCAGAUCGUCUUCAUCUUCAAAAUGGCCUGCAAGCUGCCCCCUGGAGCCGCCAAGUGCUGGGUCAAGUACAAAGGCACCUACGCCUCGGUGGGCCUCAGCUGCAGCCUGCAGGCUCUCAUCUGCCUCCUCUGGCUGCGCUUCUCCCCGCCCACGUUGCAAGAGGAUUUUGUGAGCGAGAAGGAGGUCUUCCUGCGCUGCUCGGAGGGCCACUUCAUGGGGCUAGGAGGGGUGCUGGGCUACAUCACCCUGCUGGGCGGCGCUUGCUUCGCCUUCGCCUUCUGGGGCCGCAACCUGCCCAAGAAUUACAGCGAGGCGAGGCUCCUCACCACCAGCAUGCUGGUCUUCCUCAUGGGCUGGGGCUCCUUUAUGCUCAUCUACAUCACCACCGAAGGGAGGGGCAGGGGGAUCGCCGCCUUGCAGAUGUUCACGGUGCAGACCAGCGUCUACGCCAUCCUGUGCACCUUCUUCCUGCCCAAAUGCUACCUGAUCCUCUUCCGGCCGCAGUUUAACACGGUGGCCCAUUUCCAGACCUGUAUCCAAGCCUACACGACCACAGUCAGAAACGCAGAGCAGUGA